AUCAAGUUUCUCUGCAUCACUCUUCCAUGUCCCAUCUCCAUCGCAAAUAAUCUUCACAAUUAUGAAUUAAAAGAAUUUAUUUACCAACAACCCGUUCAACACUUUUCUAUACCGGUUUCAAUUAUUAAAUCAAUUAAAUGUGCAAAAAAUCAUUAAUUUCAUUUGUUAAGUAAUUUGUGUAGUUGUUGAUAAUAAUUGUUUACUUAUACAUUUGUUGAUGUUUGAUUUGGAGAACAAAAUAAGAAGACUCUUACCUUGAAGUGCUUAAGUGGCAGCUGAUAGAUUGAUGUUCUGUGAAUUUAAAUUCUUGUUGAAAUUCUUAAACCACUCUUUAAUGCUACCACUUCUUUAGAUACCCAUAACACUCAAUAGAUCAAUAACUUUUUGGAAUUCAAUAUCUCCUACUGCUUAAAGAUCAGGAAACGAAAAAUAAAAUGACGGCAGCAGCUAAGAAUGAAGACAGUGAGAAAGCCGAAUCCACGACGACGACGGCACCACCGCAGGAUAAGCAACUUUGGAGAGAUUUGGUUGGAUUUUGGAUUCUUGGUUUAUGUAACAAUUUUGGUUAUGUUGUUAUGCUAAGUGCCGCUCACGAUAUAAUUGCACGUUUCGAUAAUAAUCAGGUACUGUUUUUAUUUUUCUGGAUGUGUACAGCAACUUUAUAUUUUGCUUUUGAAAAAGGUGCAAUACUUUUAGCAGAUGUGGUGCCUGGUCUUGUUGUGAAGUUAAUUGUUCCGUUUUUACCUUUUUGGAUUAAUACGAGAGUUAUAUCAGCUAUAUUUCUAACAUCAAUGAGUUUUUUAUUGGUUGCUUUUGCUAAAACAGAAAUGCUGGCAAUUUUGGGUGUUGCUUGUACGUCAGCAGCUUGUGGCAUUGGAGAGUCAACGAUCUUGGCUUAUACUUCAAAUUUUAACAAAAACACUCUUUCAACAUGGUCAUCUGGUACUGGAGGUGCUAGUUUGUUUGGUGCCAUUGCAUAUGCUGGACUUGUUGCCUUAGGAAUGAGCAAUAGAGACACAAUGUUGAUUAUGAUGUCAAUUCCACUUCUUCAAUGUAUAGGAUUUUGGGUUAUCUUACGAAAGCCCAGAGAAACAAAAGAUAUUUUCUUAAAUUCCAUCGAAAUGACUUCCGAUACAAAAGAACUUGUAGGCUAUAAGGAAAAAGUACAGUACAUGGGAACAUUACUUAAAUACAUGAUCCCAUUGUUGUUUGUGUAUUUUUUUGAAUAUUUUAUAAAUCAAGGAUUGUUUGAAUUGGAGUACUUUGAAAAUUCAUUCCUAGACAAAGAAGCUCAAUAUCGUUGGUUAUGUGUGGACUAUCAAAUUGGAGUCUUCAUAUCACGUUCUUCGGUGAAUCUGAUAAGUUUCCGAAAAAUCUGGAUUCUCGCUUUACUUCAGUUCUUCAAUGUUGCCUAUUUCUUGACUGAAGUUAUAUACUUUUAUUCGCCAACAAUUUGGAUACCAUUUGCUGUGGUUUUGUGGGAAGGUCUAUUGGGUGGUGGGGCAUAUGUGAAUACGUUCUAUAGAAUGGCCAAGGAUAUUCCACAAUCUAGGAGGGAGUUUGCGAUUGGUGUGACAGUCCAGGCUGACUCAUUGGGGAUCAUGAUAGCUGGAUUCCUGGCUUUGCCGGUGCAUAAUGCAAUUUGUAGAAUGCCAGAAUACAAGAGACUUACAUUUUAAUGUGUUUAAAUUUAGAUUUUAAAAAUAAUAGAUUUAAGAAAAUUACAUUACAUUAUUUUAUGAAGUUACA